GAACGCAACAAGAGACACCACUCCUCCCUCCCCCGUCCGACUCAACAGCAAUCGCCAAGCACGCGGCGCACGUCUCCCUCUCCCCCGCCGCGGGCUAGACGCAGACCAACCCGGGAAGCGAGGCGGGUCGCCGCCGCCCUAGGGUUUCCGAUGGAGCCCGCGGCCCCCUCCGCGUCCUCGGCCUCGCCGGCCGCGUCGCCGGCGGGGAGGCGGAGGGCGGCGCCGGAGGCCGCGGAGCUGAGGGUGCGGCGGCGGACGCUCGAGACCGUGCUCGAGCAGUGCCAGCGCGCGCUCGAGCUCAUGCGCGACGCCGAGGGGGAGGACGGGGAUCCGGAGGAGGAGGACGAGGAGGAGGGGGAGGAGGGGGAGCGGGAUCCGGAGGACGAGGGGGAGCGGCGGGCGGGCGGCGACGUCAGCGAUGGGGAGGGGCAGCCUCCGACGCCGGAGCCGUCGGAGACCGACUACGAGACGGACGAGCUGUGUAAUCUUCUCAAAUCGAGGGUCGAAUCACCUGAAUUUCUAGAAAAGCUUGAUAACAUUCAGAAGUCAGUAUACCAACAUGGUGCAGUAGAUGAAACCAUAUCAUGGGAUAUCGUAAGCGCAGCAGAUAUAUGGGAUGAUAAGAGUAUGAAUGUCAGUGAUGAUUCAGAGGAUGGAUAUGUUCUAGUUAAGCAAGAGGAUAUAGUUGAUGGGAUUGCAUGCUUCAUGGCUGCAUACCUGCUGUCGCUGAAAGAAACUAAGGAAUUGACGCCCAAUCAACUUCAAGAAGCCCUUAGCAAGACAUUUUCAACUAAAAAGAGGAAAGGCAAACUUCAGAAGGCAUGGGCCGGAACACAAGUUAUUUAUAAUGUAGCAUCAUGGAGUGCAACAGCUAUUGGUAUCUACCAGAAUCCGGCGAUUCUAAAAGCAGCAACAGCGGCCUUCUGGACAUCCUGCCGCGUGGUGUCCAAGUUCCUGUGAAUAGUCAUGAGAUCCUGUACACAUUGUAUGAUAAUACGGACUUCCCUGUACCUCCAUUGUGGGAAGCACUGUUGUCAAACCCUGGCACGAUGCGAUCAUCGUAGGUUACUUUCAACAGUUAGAUCAUGCGUCAGCUCAGAGUGAAUAACGAGACUGGCUGAUCCUUAGUGUCUGUCUGAUCUAGCUGCUGAGUGUAGCUUCCUGUGUGUUUUACUUGUAUCAUUCAUUUGUAUCCGACCUCCGAUUGUGAUCUCCUCCUUGUAUAUAUCAGCUGUACGACUGAACUGAAACCUGGCCGUGUUCCGUCCAACUGUAAAUACACCGAUUCGUUUGAGUGA